AUGCCGAAACCUAUUAUGACAAAGACAAACAUAAUAUCGUGGGAAUCGACUGCACCCUGAGGGUUGUCGGUAUUGAAUCAUGGCUCGAAAAUACGAGUACGACGAUGCCAGAUUGACUCGAAAGUACGAGUAUGAAGACGAUGGAUUCAAGCGUAACCCUGGCUACGACUCGAGAUACGACGAGGAUCUCGGCGCUAGACACAGAGAUUCUCGCUCGGCUCAACCAGUUAUCAAAACAGAGUCGAAUUCAGAGCAGGUAGUUGUGAUAGAGGAACGCGAACAGUGGAGUAAUAAGAUCGACUUUCUGCUCUCGUGUAUCGGUUACGCCGUUGGUCUCGGAAACGUCUGGAGAUUCCCUUAUUUGUGUUACAAGAAUGGCGGGGCGUCGUUCCUCAUACCAUAUUUGGUGUGCCUGGUUUUCUGUGGCAUCCCAAUCUUCUACCUGGAGGUAGCACUUGGACAGUACACGGCACAGGGCGUGGUCAAUGCGUGGGCGGUCGUGUCCCCCAUCAUGACAGGUAUUGGGUUUGCCAUGACGGUCAUCACCUUCCUGUGUAGUGUUUACUACAACGUGAUCAUGGCGUGGUCUUUCUACUACAUGUUUGACGCAUGGAGAGCCGUAGUUCCGUGGAACGACUGCAACAACGAGUGGAACACUCAGUUCUGCAGCACGACUGGAAAGCUGAUCAACUGCACAAUGAACUGUACCGCCAAGCUAGUAUCACCAGAGGAGGAGUAUUUUGAGCGCAAAGUCCUGCAGCUCUCAGGGGAUGUCGGCAAGCCCGGGGAGGUCCGGUUUGAAUUGGCCAUGUGUCUGCUUCUGGCCUGGAUCGUCGUCUAUUUCUGCGUUUGGAAGGGUAUCAAAUCCGCGGGAAAGGUCGUAUAUUUCACGGCUACUUUCCCGUAUCUGGUUCUGUUUAUUCUACUCAUUCGUGGUGCCACUCUGCCGGGAGCUACGAACGGGGCAUUGUUCUACGUCAAACCGGACUUCACAAAACUUGGAGAUCCCAGGGUUUGGGUGGAUGCCGCUGGUCAAAUAUUCUUCUCUCUUAGUGUAGGGUUUGGCGGGCUAAUCACCUACGGGAGUUACAACAAGUUCAACAACAACUGCCAGAGGGAUACCCUGAUUGUUUCGGUGAUCAACUGCCUGACCAGUGUGUUCGCGGGCUUCGUCAUCUUCACCAUGAUGGGGUUUAUGGCGCAUGAACUUGGGGUCGAGGUCGAAGAUGUUGUCAAGUCAGGUCCAGGUCUUGCGUUCAUUGCGUACCCUCAAGGCAUCAAGAAAAUCCCGGGAUCUCCCUUCUGGGCCUUCCUCUUCUUCUUCAUGUUAUUCAACCUCGGACUCGACAGUCAGUUCGUGGGCGUAGAAACAGUUACGACAGUACUUAGCGACUCUUAUAAGGGGGCGAGGAGAUACAAGGCGCACCUCACCCUACUCUUCUGCGUAGUGUCUUAUAUCCUCGGUAUCUCCAAUGUUACACAGGGUGGUGUUUACAUUUUUACCAUGUUUGACUACCAAGGCGGUGGUAUCUCACUUAUCCUCAUAGCUCUACUCGAGGUGAUAGCAAUCGGUUGGUUUUACGGUGUCGAAAGAUUUGCGCGCAAUAUAGAGUCGAUGAUUGGCCACCGUCCGAACAUAUACUUCCUUUUGUGCUGGAAAUACAUCUCUCCAUUGAUCAUAGGGGUUAUCUUCAUAUGGAAUUGUGUUGACUGGUCGGGUAUCUCGUAUGGUGAUUACGUCUUCCCUGCUUGGGCCGAGUUCUGCGGAUGGCUUCUUUGCUUUUCGUCCAUCGUCUGUGUACCGAUAUGCGCUAUUUAUAGAUGUGUCAAAGGAAAAGGAACGCUUGCAGAGCGAAUGCUAGAUGUGUUGACUCCAGAUCAAGCCAUGCUGGACGCUAUUGACGCCAAGCACAACGUCCCAAAAGGGAACAAAAUGGUGAAGUGAGAAGACAACAAGGAAUUUUAUCAAAUAUCUCACUCUAGCUCAGGUUUACUUCAGGGGUCGUCAACUUUCUUCGCGUGAAAACUAUAAAAAAUAGCGAUAUUAGGAAAAGAGUCAAAACGGUAGGUUGUAACGCUCCUAAGAGUGGCCGUGAGUAGCCUGGGUCCAGGGGCGUAGCCAGGGGCUGGCCUAGCCCCCCCUCACCCUUUUAGCAGCCAAAAAUGCAGUAAAUGUAUGAGACAUUAUCUAAAAUACAGAAGAAAAUUCAUUGAAAUUCCCUUUUGGGCCCCCUCCUGUUAAAAUUCCUGCCAAUGCCGAAAGUCGACCGAAGCCCGAAAGUCGACCGAAUGCUGAAGGCGCUAUCUCUUUUAAGUUGUAAGUCCCGCCUUCAAAGUAAAAGAACCGCGACUAUCUACACUAGUGUAGAAUAUCUCAAAAGAUUUUGACAACCCGCAGCAUCGCGUAUUAGAAUUACGGUAUUAAUUUUGCGGCAGUAUAGUUUCCAACACAUGGCCUUCUCUAUUAAAAAGAAACUAUUGUCCGUUGAAUUCGGAUGUUUCCAAAUGUCAUGGUGCGGUCUUGAUAGUAAACUCCCAAGAAAGAUGAGCACUAAACGUUUUUGAUACACGAUGCAAGGGAACAGGCGUAAACCGGGUCUUGUUGAGGUUAUUUGAUCAACGCCAAACAUAUCCAACAUGGAUUGCAAGCUUAUAAAGCAUAGUUCUUUUUAAUGCUUAUAACUGAUGCGAGAUUUGACAUGUGACAUUCUAUAGCGAUUUGACAUGUGACAUUCUAUAUCGAUUCUGCCCUAUGAACUUUCGGUAAUACUGGCAACUGCCAGUUACCCGAAAUACGUUCUGAUUAGUUAUCUUCCGGUUUACCGCGAUAACUUUCCGUCCACCUCCAACUUAGCGCUCGCAGUCUCUACCAAACCAGCCGAUAGAAGAGGAUGUUUUCUCACGCUUGGAAGAGGAUGUUUUCUCACGCUUGGUGUUUUGCGAGGAUGACAAGAGGCUAUUAUGUGUCUAAGUACAGUUAUGCUAUUUAAGGUACUAAAAAUUCAUUAUCGCCGUUAUGUAUGUAUGGAAAUUUACUAUCACUUGAGCUUACUUGUUUUAUUAUUUGUCCGUGAGGAGGUACUUGUAUGUGCUCAAAAAGAAACUGUGUCUGUUUGUUUUGUUAUAACAAUAAAGACCUUAUUGUAAAUGUGUAAAAGCCCAGAAAAUACUGCAGACAAAACAA